AUGAUUCCGUUCCAAAUCCCAGUGGAUUCCGCAUUACCACGCUGUGAACCCAAUCUCCCCACACCUGAGACAGGAUCUCUGUGCAAGAACGUGAGGUCACUGUCUCCCAUGCCAACCGCCCGUUCCCCUCAGAAGUCAAUGGUCCCGCCCCUCACGCCCUCUCCGACCGAUGGCUUGCCGAUGGGGAGCCUGGCGUCUCACUCUCCUGCCCGCUCUGGCAGCUACAGCAGCGGGAUCUCAUCCCUCAGCCGCUGCAGCGUCUCUGAAAUGUGCGGGAUCGACCUCCCGCCGCCCGACCCUCCUCUACCCCCCGCCGUCCCCGCAGACAUUCCCAUUCGCCGGGGCAGCAAGACUCCUCCGCUUUAUUUAUCAAAUAGGCAAUUUAAGUUAUAA